CGGACGUUCAGUAUGUGCCAACAUAGAUAAUAGAUGCCUUCAUGCUCACUGAAACGGCUUAUAGUGGGAAAAACAUUCUGCACGUAUUCAUUGGCACUGCUAAGAAUGUCUCCUUUUGCUGUUGGGAUGGUGCUCAAAGGUAGCAAGGCAUGUAAAACAACCCGAAAUUCCAAGCACCUCUUGACAGGCAAUGAAAAGCUGGCCCUGAAGUUACUCCCCAAGUAGUUUGAGCAAUAACUCCCGUUAUAGCACAAAUCGGUAAAACGACAUUGCGUCUUUAAUCCCGCACCCGGAGGAACAGCAACGCAGCCUUUUCGCCUCUCCUACUUUAAUAUUAUGCGACCCAGCCUGGAAUCCACAGAGCGCAAUCAUCUGACUGACUUUUUGUUUUUUCUGGUUACUAAAAGGCUUGAAAAUUAUGAAUAGUCCCUUAAAUGGCAGAAGCGGUUUUGGUUGGUUUCUAGCAACGUCUAUCACGGUGAUGUCAGCAGAAAAAAUCACAGCGAAAGGCGGACCCGAUCGUUUCCAGGAGUCGGCGAUGCUAAGGUAAUGUUCAUUUACACAUCUGAGAAAUCAUGAAAUCGGUGUCACUUGCAGCCAUUUUUUGGUGUAUCCUAAUACCAUCAUUUGAGACCAGCAAGACAUUUGAAGACAUACGCUGCAAGUGUGUCUGCCCACCAUAUCGGAAUAUAACAGGACAGAUUUACAAGAACAAUGUAUCACAGAAAGAUUGUAAUUGCCUGCAUGUGGUGGACCCUAUGCCAGUGCCAGGACAUGAUGUUGAGGCAUAUUGCCUGUUGUGUGAGUGCAAAUAUGAAGAACGAAGCACCACGACUAUCAAGAUUAUCAUCAUCAUUUAUCUCUCAGUGAUUGGAGCUCUUCUACUCUACAUGGUCUUUUUAAUGGUAGUUGACCCUUUUAUCCGCAAACCUGAUGCCUAUACACAGCCCCUGCACAAUGAAGAAGAGUCAGAGGUUCCCUGUUCCUUGACAGCUAUCCGUCCUUCAGCGAAUGCUAGAACAAAUACAGUGCUGGAGAGAGUGGAAGGAGCCCAGGAAAGGUGGAAGCGUCAGGUGCAGGAACAGCGGAAGACUGUGUUUGAUCGGCACAAGAUGCUAAGCUAGACCUUUUAUUUUAGGUGUGAGCUGCAGCUGCUGGUUAGCUAGGCAAAAUUUUGUUCGCCAGUACAGACCCCAAAUCUGUAGUUUAAAUAUCUUGCACCUACUGUUUCUUAUUGGAUUUGCUUGUUGUCUUCCUCUUCAGUCCACCCAAGAGAAUAUGCUGCAUUUGAAGCAAGCUGCUGGCUGCACAUGCCAUCUAUGAUUCUAUGAGGACUGCCACUUGCUUUAAAUAACUCUAGGAUAACUAUUUGACUUCAAAAAUGAGAAACAAUUGCAACUUUGGAUUCUAUAAUCUGCCAAGCAUUGGUCUGGUUUGGUGAUUAAAAAAAGGCAUGCAUUUAUUUGUUACUGCUUACUAACCUAUGGCUUGGCUUUUAGUUUGAGUUGGAUGUAUUAUUAAUAGAAUGAGAAUAGCAACAUCCUUUUCAUUCCAUUGACUGUAUGCCGAUAUAUGAUCCUUCACUGUUGCAAAAUAGAGCAACAAAAUAGAGCAAAAGUGGCUUGGGUCUAUGUAUAACAUGCUAGUUUGAAAAGUUGGCACUAAAGAUAGAAAUGCAAUAAGGGAAAUUAACUUGCCAUAAAGGAGUUACUGUAUUUGGCUCAUAAAUUCUUACAGAUUCUUCCUUCAAGGAUUUUUUGGGGGAUAGUUAACUUUACACCAAAGAAAUAUGGACAGAUUUUUUUUUUAGCACUAUCAUAGGUAAUGGUAACCCAUGGGUAACCCAUCAGAAUAAUGCUUCUGGAUUAAUUCUCAGUCUCCUAAAGGAACCAAACCAAGAAACUUGUGGAUGCCUCUUUCACAUGCAGAUUUUUAAACAAUGAAAUGGGUAUACAGAUUGUCGUAUUUCUUUGCUUUGGAAACAGCUUAAUUACUGCCUAGGUUAGAUCUUAAUUUUCAUAGUAUGUUGAACAGAUGAAGCCAUUGCUGUUCAUACAAUUUCAUAUGCAAACAAAGAAUGUUUUCCACAUAUUAACUAUUGAAAAUCUUUUGCUUUAAGAGUUAUCUGCACAGGAAGGAAACUAGAUUAUUCAGUGCAAAGGAAAUAGCCCUUCUACAUAUGGCAGUUUGUCCCAGUAUGUAGAACUGGAUUCUACUAUCAAAGGACAUUUAUAGAAAUGUAGCCUUAGAUUUUAAUAUCAGUUCAAAGAAUGACAUGCAAUAUGCAAAAUAAAGUUUAACUUGACGUAAUGGAAAAUUUCCUGCAUGGAUUUGGAAUUUUUCCCUUGGCCUACAUGGCCAUAAUUAUUUUAUUGUAAUUUUACAAUACAUCGACCAAUUGCUUGCCCAGAUAUAUGGGAUAUUGUAUUGAAAUGUGUUUUUAUGGUACUUGUAGCAGCCAGAUUUAUGCCACCAAUUAAGGGGAAGUAGUAUUACCAGUAUUUAAUGGUGAAAUGUAAUUUUGUAAUGGUAGCUCAGAUGCAAAAGGCACCAUCAAGAGAUCUUGAAGGUUAGACAGUAUUU